AUCACGCAGUCUCCGUACUCACUACCGCUCAAUGACGGACUCGUCGUCCCCGUCUCCCCCGUCGAAACGAGCAAAAGUAGAUCCAAUGGUCACCUCCAACACUAAAUCGUCCAAACCAGACAACAAACGCGGAUCAGAAGCGAUGCCUACUCAAAAGACUGGCGGCUGGAGCAACUUUGCAGCACACAUUGCGAAAGACGACAAAAUCAUGGCCGGGAAAGCACGCGAAGACCUUGAACGCAAAGGAGGCGAAACCUUCCGCCCAGAAUACCGAGAGACAUAUAAGGAUUCGACUGGCAAAGAGCAGACUACCCUGCAUAAGAAGUCUGGCGGUGAUUCUCGAAAUCAAAACACGGCGAAAGAUGGAGUAGAAGAAACCAGCGAUGUUGACGAAGUCGCUUACUAUUCGGACUCGUCCGACGGCGGCGUCGCGCUUUCAUCAUCUAACCUGGAUUCUGACGCUUGGAUUGACAUCAAGACUGGUGAUGAACAUGCAAGCUGGAAGCGGCAAUGAGUGCUUUACGAGGCUAAGAUUGGACUUUUGUAGCGGAAACAAUGAUUUCUUUUCGUUUGAGGCAGCCCGAAGACAGUUACCAGGUACGAGCCAACGGGUGAGAGCCGAGGCUUUGACGCCGACUGUAGAAUAAAAGAUUGGUAUGGUAUUGGAGAACACACCAGCCUAACUGCAAUCCGAACUGAGCU